AUGUGUUUUCCAACGGAGGAGGGUGGAGUGGGGGUGAGGUCUUUGGAGGACAUGGUCAAGGCCUUCUCUUGUAAGCUGUGGUGGAGACUGAGGCAGAGAAGAUCUAUCUGGGCGGAUUAUAUGUUUUCAAAGUAUAUAGGGGAUCAGCACCCGCUUCAAGCGGUAGCAGCCAGACCAAAAGGGACAUGGAAGCGUCUUAUUGGGAUACGCGAGAUGGCUGAGGCUAGCAUUUCGUGGAGCCUAGGCCCGAGUAUGGUAGAUUUCUGGUUGGACACCUGGUGCGAGCUGGGUCCUCUCAGUUCAUUGGUGGCAGCAGAUAGUGUCCGUCAACAUUUCUUGGUGGCAGAAUUUUUGGGGCGGGAAGAGUGGAACAAGGAGCGCCUCCGGCAGUGGUUACCGGAGCACCUCAUGGAGACGGUAGUUGACAUACCCUUUGACCUGGAGGGCCAGGAUCAAAUCGUGUGGUCACCAUCGUCUUCGGCAGGGUUCUUACUUAGCUCAGCUUGGGAGCGAUGCCGAAAGCGCCGAGAAGAGGAAUCGGUGCUCCACCUCUUUGUCAAUGGCCCUGUGGCAAGGGAGGUUUGGGGGCACUUUGGGAGCAGGUUUGGAGUCGGUCGCCGACCAAUUGAGGGGAUGGAGAGUCUGUGGAAGAAAUGGGCUGCAUCACGCCCACGCCUGCCGGUCUCUCAUAUCAGAUGUAUCCUUCCGGAUAUGGGACGAGCGGGGAGGCUGAUGAAGGCGCAGUUCUAUGGUGACAUGGAGGACACUUGGGCACUGCUGGCUCGUUCGGCCAAUCGUCAACGGCGGCCGAUUGUGGUUGUCUGGACCAAGCCCCCAGCUCAUCAGAGCAAAUUGAACACAGAUGCCAGCGUGGUCAAUGGCAGGGCGGCUGGAGGAGGAGUACUGCGAGACUCAGAUGGUAGGCUCAUCUUCGCGUUUUACAAGGAGUUUGGGGAGACGGGGGUUCUGGAGGCCGAGGCGAUGGCAUUACAGGAAGGGUUGCGGGAGUGUGUGGCACGGGGGGUUCAGGGGGUGUUGGGGGAAGUGGACUCGGUGGUUCUUGUUUCUCUUGUCAACUCGUCGGCGUUGGGGGGUGGGCGCAUUGCAAUCUGCUGCGUCGAACUCGUCGCCUACUGA